ACCCUGCUGAAAUGUCUGGCAUAAAGAUUACUCGCGGAAAAUUCUGGCAUCAUGCUGUCACGACGUGAAACAGGUUAGAUCCAAAUGCUGGUUUAUUAGGCAGUAUCCAAGACAGGAAAGGGUCACACAUCAGGCAAACAACAACAUCAAAGGAAAUCCAAAAGCAGAAGUCAAUAGUCCAGGCGUAGGUCAGGGCAGGCAGCGAACAUUCACAAACACAAACAACAAGCAAGGUCAAAAACAGGGAAACAGAACAGAAUAAACACUUAGUAUGAAGACAGUGCUAACAAUACCUCGCAACACGAAAGCGUUGUGAGUGAGCUUAAAUAGACCGGGUGAUUACAAAUAGGAAACAGGUGUGCUGUGCAAUGAAUAGUGGGAAAUAGAGUCCUGAUGCUCAAGUGCAGCAAAUCCUCUGCAGGCCAGCAGAGGGAGCCCUCGUGGCUCUCAUAACACAUGCACAGAUCCUGGCCAUUUUGCCUAGACAUUGGUAAUGAUUUGGGUUGCCUCACAUAUUACCUAGUUAGUGGAAAAAGUAAUGACUUUAAUGAUUUUAAGAAGGGAAAAAAUAAGUUGUUAUCUGCACAUUGAUACUAUGAAUAGAUUUCCUAUUAACAUAGUCUCCCUCAUUUAUUGGUGGAGCUUUAAUAGGAAUGUGAGUGUCAUCAAUGCACCCAAUUACAUUUGGAAACCAUGAAACAGAAAGUUAUGGAAGUAUGAAGUGUGUGUGUGCGCAUAAUGAAUACAUGUAUAGAUAUAAAUAAUAUGACUAAAUAUUAAAUAUGUGUCAUAGAUUUUACUACAAAGGAGAAACCUGCCACUCUGUGGAAUUCGUCUUUACAGUUUUUUCUGAAUGCUUAAGCGCUAAUCGUGAUUCUUGUAGCACAAUUUCUAAAACUAUUAAUACGUAUAGCAAAACCACUCACUGAGUUUGCAAAACUAAAAAACACAAACACUGCUUUGCACUCAGUUUGCAAUUUUGUAACACACACUUUGCAAAACUGUAGGCACAAUUCACUGCACAACACUCUUUUUGCAGAACUUUAAACACAACUCACUGCUUACACUCAAUUACCAAAUUUCCAACACACUCCUAGCAAAAUUAUACACAUGUAUGGCUAUCAUUAACACUAUUUUGCCAACUGUCUGGCACACUUUCACAUGUGAAAACUGUUUUAGAUAAUUAGUUCACUUUGCAAUCAGCCUAAGCACUAUAAAUAAGCCACAGGUAAGCUGUCUGUGUGGAGUACGAUGGAAGGAGCAGUAAGAGUGAGAAGAGUGAGAAUCAGAGGAGGCCGAAGGAGAGGACGUGGAGGUGAAGAAAGAGGAGGAAGAGCAGGAAGAGGACGCGGAGGUGAAGAAAGAGGAGGAAGAGGACACGGAGGUGAAGAAGUAGGAGGAAGAGGAGGAGGAAGAGGACGUGGAGGUGUAGAAGUAGGAGGAAGAGGACAUGGAGUUGAAGAAGCGAGAGGGUUAGAGGAAGUUAGAGGAAGAGGACAAGGAGGAGCAAGAAGAGGACGAGGAGGGGAAAGAGGAAGGGUAAGAAGAGUAAGAAAUGGAAUAACUGAUGACAUCAGAGCUACAAUAGUGGACCAUGUCAUCAACCAUGGGAUGACCCGGAGGGAAGCUGGCCAACGGGUCCAGCCUAAUUUGAGCCUCUACACUGUAGUAAGCAUCAUUAGGACAUUUCGAAAUGAGAAUCGAAUUGCGAGACAUCCAGAUGCUGGGGGCAGAGGAAGAAUGUUCACUCCAGAGCAAGAGACCCAUAUAGUGAACAUGGUGAUUGCCAAUAAUGCAAUAAGACUGCGUGAAAUACAACAGUGCAUAAUUGAUAAUGACACCAUCUUUCAAAAUAUACACAGUGUAAGCAUUUCUGCACUAAGUCGUGUACUUGCGCGCCACAGAAUAAGAAUGAAGCAAAUUUACAGAGUUCCUUUCGAGAGAAACACAGAACGUGUAAAGCAACUGCGAUAUGACUAUGUGCAGAGAGUGAUGGAACUAGAAGCAGAUGCCAUGGGACAUGAGCUACUUUUUGUAGAUGAGGCCGGUUUUAACCUCAGUAAAACCAGGAGACCUGGCAGGAACAUUAUUGGACACCAUGCCAUCAUCAAUGUCCCAGGACAACGUGGUGGUAACAUAACCAUGUGUGCAGCUAUAAGCCAAAAUGGUGUUGUUCACCAUCAUGCAACCAUAGGCCCAUACUGCACACAUUAUUGCAUUCCUGAACACCUUACAUGACAUGCUCACUGUUCAGAGACCAGAGCAUACCCGAUAUGUCAUCAUAUGGGACGAUGUUAGUUGCCAUAGGGCUGCUUUGGUCCGCAACUGGUUUACAGACCACCCAUUCUUCAUGGCACUCGACCUCCCUCCAUACUCUCCAUUCUUAAAUCCCUUCGAGGAGUUCUUCUCUGCCUGGUGCUGGAAAGUGUAUGACCGUCAUCCUCAUCAACAGGUAGCCCUUUUACAGGCAAUGGAGGAGGCAUGUGGAGAUAUUGAUCAGGCAUCAUGUCAGGCCUGGAUACGGCAUUCAAGGAGAUAUUUUCCCCGGUGCCUUGGACUGAAGGAUAUCGCAUGCGAUGUGAACGAAAUUUUGUGGCCGAACCCAGAAAGACGACAUGAUGUAGGCUGAUUGUUGUUUGUUGUUUUUUUUUUUGUGAAAUUACUAUUUUGUGUUCUGACUUUGUCUUGGUUUUGCUGAGUGUGAAUAAACACCAAUACUUGAA